AUCCCCUUUGGCGGGCGUGGCUAGAAUCGCGGGGAGGCGGGGCCCAAACUGCACGAGCAGUUGCUGCGUGCUGAACUCAGCAGAGAGUAAUGGAAUGAGCCUACCAGUACAAUGAGGACGAGCGACAGAUCGCAGCGUGGAAACUAAACUACAAAACUAUCUAAACUUAAGGAGCACUGUGUAAAGCAAGAGGGUAAAGCACACCUGGAGAAACAGCAAAAAUUACAAUAAGUCAAUAAAUCCAUAAACAAGAGGUUGACAUAUAUACGAUUUCCCUCUGGAGAAGGAUAUGUUGCUGGACAUGUGAAAAAAAAGGAAUUAACUUCCCCAAAAUGAAGUUAUCCACUCUGAGCUUUAUCGGCUUUGUGUUGAAUGCUGUGGCCAUAGAAUUGAGCACUUCACAAUCAGUAUGUGCCGGGACGGAGAACAAGUUGAGCACACUUUCUGACUUGGAGCAGCAGUACCGCAACCUGCGCAAGAAUUACGAGAAUUGUGAGGUGGUCAUGGGAAACCUGGAAAUUACCAACAUCGACCGUAAUAGGGACCUGUCCUUCUUAAGGUCCAUUCGAGAAGUGACCGGCUAUGUUCUGGUAGCUCUUAACCAGUUUGAAUACUUACCCCUGGAGAACUUGCGCAUCAUUCGUGGGACCAAACUUUACGAAGAUCGCUACUCUUUAUCCAUCUUCCUCAACUACCGGAAGGAAGGAAACUUUGGGCUACGAGAAUUGGGGCUGAAGAAUCUUACAGAAAUCCUGAAUGGAGGAGUGUACAUGGUCCAGAAUAAGUUCUUAUGCCACGCUGACACCAUUCACUGGCAAGACAUUGUGCGAAGUCCAAGAGCUGAGGUCCUCGUUCCAACAAAUGGAAGUGCAGGAUGUGGGAAAUGUCACAAGUCAUGUACCGGACGCUGCUGGGGCCCAAACGAAUUCCAGUGCCAGAUCUUAACAAAGACGGUGUGUGCAGAGCAGUGUGAUGGCCGAUGUUUCGGGCCCUACGUCAGUGACUGCUGCCAUCGAGAGUGUGCAGGAGGCUGCGCUGGACCCAAGGACACCGACUGCUUUGCCUGCACCAACUUCAAUGACAGUGGCGCGUGUGUCACGCAUUGCCCUUUGCCUUUUGUCUACAACCCCACCACGUUCCAGACCGAGCACAAUCCCAAGGCCAAGUACACCUAUGGGGCAUUCUGUGUCAAAAAGUGUCCACAUAAUUUUGUAGUGGAUAUGAGCUCUUGUGUUCGUGCCUGCCCAAGCAAUAAAAUGGAAGUGGAAGAGAAGGGCAUCAAGAUGUGUAAGCCCUGCACAGACAUCUGUCCUAAAGCAUGUGAUGGCAUCGGGACGGGCACCUUACAGUCUGUCCAAACUGUAGAUUCGAGCAACAUCGAUAAGUUUGUCAACUGCACAAAGAUCAACGGGAACCUCGUCUUUCUCAUCACUGGCAUUGAAGGGGAUGCCUAUCAUAAUAUUGAGGCCUUGGAUCCGGAAAAACUAAACAUGUUUCGGACUGUUCGUGAGAUUACAGGGUAUCUGAACAUCCAGUCCUGGCCGAAAAACAUGUCUGAUUUCAGUGUAUUCUCCAACCUGGCGACCAUAGGAGGCCGAGUUCUCUACAGCGGGAUCUCAUUGCUGAUUUUGAAACAACAGUGGAUUUCAUCUCUUCAUCUACAGUCCCUUCAGGAGAUCAGUGCAGGAAAUGUCUACCUGACAGACAACCACCUCCUCUGCUACUACCACACCAUCAACUGGACCAGCCUGUUUAGGACCAACUCCCAGAAGUCCAUCAUCCGCAACAACCGCGACCCCAGCAACUGCACUGCCGAGAAGAUGAUGUGCGACCCCUUGUGUUCCGACCAUGGCUGCUGGGGUCCUGGUCCAGACCAGUGUCUUUUUUGCCGAUACUUCAGCAGAGGGAAGACCUGCAUUGAGUCGUGUAAUCUUUACGAAGGGGAUUUCCGGGAAUUUGCCAACGGAUCAGUCUGCAUCGAGUGUGACUCGCAGUGUGAGAAGACUGAAGGGAACAUGCUGACCUGCCAUGGCCCGGGGCCAGACCACUGCACUAAGUGUGCUCACUUCAAGGAUGGUCCUAACUGUGUGGAGAAAUGCCCUGAUGGCCUACAAGGUGCCAACAGCUUCAUUUUCAAAUAUGCUGAAGCUAACAACGAGUGCCAUCCUUGUCACUUUAACUGCACACAGGGGUGCAUCGGCCCACGGAUACAGGACUGUGUGGGGAUGAUGGAUAGGUGUAGAGGACCUACUAGUGGUGACUGCAUUUUUUAUCCCUGGACGGGUCAUUCCAUUUUACCACAACAUGCUAGAACUCCUCUGAUUGCGGCCGGAGUGAUCGGUGUGCUCUUCGUGGUGGUGAUCGUGGCCCUGAGUGUUGCCGUUUACAUCCGUCGGAAGAGUAUCAAGAAGAAGAGAGCGCUGCGGAGGUUCUUGGAGACGGAGCUGGUGGAGCCCCUCACUCCUAGUGGCACGGCGCCCAACCAAGCACAGCUCCGCAUCCUGAAAGAAACGGAACUGAAGCGCAUCAAAAUACUUGGCUCAGGUGCCUUUGGGACAGUCUAUAAGGGGAUCUGGGUGCCCGAAGGUGAAUCGGUGAAGAUACCGGUGGCCAUCAAGAUCCUAAAUGAAACAACAGGACCAAAGGCCAACGUGGAGUUUAUGGAUGAGGCUCUGAUAAUGGCCAGCAUGGACCAUCCCCACCUGGUGCGCCUUCUGGGGGUCUGCCUCAGCCCCACAAUUCAACUGGUGACGCAGCUGAUGCCCCACGGCUGCCUGCUGGAGUACGUCCACGAGCACAAGGACAACAUCGGCUCCCAGCUGCUGCUUAACUGGUGUGUCCAGAUUGCCAAGGGUAUGAUGUACCUGGAGGAACGACGUCUGGUGCACCGUGACCUGGCUGCCCGUAACGUCCUGGUUAAAUCGCCAAAUCACAUCAAGAUCACCGACUUUGGUCUGGCCCGGCUGCUGGAUGCAGAAGAGAAAGAGUACAACGCAGACGGAGGCAAGAUGCCGAUUAAAUGGAUGGCACUGGAAUGCAUUCACUACCGGAAAUUCACACACCAAAGUGACGUCUGGAGUUAUGGUGUUACUAUCUGGGAGCUCAUGACAUUUGGUGGCAAACCCUAUGAUGGCAUUCCGACGCGGGAAAUCCCAGAUCUGCUGGAGAAAGGAGAACGGCUUCCUCAGCCCCCGAUUUGCACCAUUGACGUCUACAUGGUCAUGGUUAAAUGCUGGAUGAUCGAUGCCGACAGCAGACCGAAGUUCAAAGAACUGGCAGCUGAAUUUUGCAGGAUGGCCCGGGAUCCGCAGCGCUACCUGGUCAUACAGGGUGAUGACCGCAUGAAACUGCCAAGCCCCAAUGACAGCAAGUUCUUCCAGAGCCUCUUGGAUGAAGAAGGCCUCGAAGAUGUCAUGGAUGCCGAGGAGUACCUGGUACCUCAGGCCUUCAACAUUCCUCCUCCAGUCUACACCUCGAGGCCGAGAAUGGACUCAAAUCGGAGUCAAAAUGGACACAGCCCUCCACCCGCCUACACCCCAAUGUCUGGAAACCAGUUUGCAUACCGUGAAGGAGUAUUUCAUCCAGAAGACAUAAUCCCACCCCAGGCAAGGCCAGUACCACCAUGCACUGCCCCAGAGGUGCCUACCGUGCAAGGGGCUGCCCUGGAGAUGUUUGAAGAAACUCGCUGCAAUGGUACGCUGAGGAAACAGGUGCCACCUCGGCCAUCAGAAGACACUAAUGCCCAGAGGUACAGUGCGGACCCCACUGUAUUCCUGGCAGAGCGUGGACUCCGGGGCGAAAUGGACGAGGAUGGGUACAUGACACCCAUGCAUGACAAGCCAUCCACAGAUUAUCUGAAAACAGUAGAGGAAAACCCCUUUGUUACCCGCAAAAAGAAUGGAGAUGUUCAUGCACUGGAUAAUCCUGGGUACCAAAGCGCCCCUAAUGGACAAACCAAGGUAGAGGAUGAGUACAUCAAUGAGCCCCUGUACCUCAACACAUUCCACAAUAAGGUGGAGAAUAAAGAAUACCUGAAGAACAAUGGAGUUCCUGCCAACAGUAUUGGAGACCAUAAACCCAAGAAAACCUUCGACAAUCCCGAGUACUGGCACCACAGUCUUCCUCCGAAAGCAAAGCUUCACAAUCCGGAAUACCUACAGGAAUGCAGCACCAAGUUUUUCUACAAACAGAACGGCCGCAUCCGACCUGUGGUGGCAGAAAAUCCCGAGUACCUGACGGAGUUCUCGUUGAAACCCGGGACUUUACUCCCCCCUCCACCGUACAGGCAGAGAAACACGGUGGUGUAACGUCUGAGGUGCUACACUGCCCAGAGUUAGACUGCCGUGUCUGUUGUUGUUUCCCUGCACAAUAUCCGAGAUUAAACUUGUUUCCUCCAAACUGGAACAAAAUAAGUCAUUCAGAAGAGCGAGUGGAAGAUUCGACCGUUAAAAUGAAACUAAACUGGACAGGAAUCCUUACCAUGCAGAAAUUGCAAGGAACUGUGAGGUCUUGCCAAUUUCUUUUAAUUUUUUUCUUUUGUAUGAUAAAACGUGUUGAUUAAGUAUUACUCAUUAUUAUGAAGAAUGAUUUUCAAAGUGGGGGUCCUCCUUCUCAGAAUGCAAUAGAAUCGACGAAGUUGUAACUGCGAAACAUCUCCCGCUCUCUUCUUUCCUUGUCUUUAUUUGUCAAGGCACAAUUCAGAGCAAUAUUGAGGUAACUGGGAAUGCUCUACCACGUACGUGAUGGAGGCCUGGAAUUUUUUUGUUUUGAAAAAGUCGGUCCGGAUUGAACUACUUCCAGUGCUGAAUGAAUGAAUCAAAUGAAGGAAACUCAGGCAAGAAGCGCUCUGUAGUUUUAGGCUGGAGCCAUACUUUUGAGUUAUGAAGGACUAAACUUUUCUUUUGACCUUGUCACCCUCCCUCCCUCCUACUUCCAGACCCCAUUCCCCUUCUCCAUUCCCUUCCAACCUGUUCGGCUCACGACUCUCCCUCCUCAGUCCGCCGCUUCAGGUUUCACUGUGCGGAUUACUUUUUCUAUGGGAUAUACACUCUGAUAAGUACACGUUGCCCGCUGUAUUUCCGACGCGGCACAUGCAUCUCAGUGUUUCCUUUGUUUCCUUGGAUCUUUAUAUUCCGACUGUUACUUUUUUCUUGUCAUGGAGCGCUUUUACACGCCGAUUUGAAUUCACAUACUGUAAACGUAUUCUGACGUUGAUCUGUAGCAGAUUUAGAUUUGUUUGACACACGUUUAGCUGAAGUACAGUACAUGGUUCUUUUGACACGUCUUUUUAUUCUAAUCGAAGAAUUUCGUUUUCCUUUGGGUUGCUUUAUUAUGUUAACUAAUGAAGUGGAGAACACAUCACAUGCCAGGCCUGAGGCUUCAAGUGGUUUUGGGUGCCAACAUUUUUUUUUUUUUUUCUAUUCCAUUUCUUCUUCUAGCAAGAAACAAUGAAAGAGUAAGAAGACAAACCAUUCUGUUCCUUUAACAAUGCGUAAAAAAAAAAUGAGGGUUAGUGCUAGGAAUAAAGAUUUGGUUUUGAUGGGUCUGCCGUAAUGCAGAUCUGACACGUGAAACAGAAAACGAAGUAAUCCAAGAGUACCUCAGGGGAGAAAUCCACAUUAGGGCCCAGUUUAUGACAAGAUACUGUGAUUCCUGGAGUAUGUAAGGGUAAACCAGAAACUCUCCCCAACAUUAGGACUCGCUUUAUGACACAAAAGCAGUUUUUGUUCGCUUAUUGCUCGAAUCUGAAUUUGAUUAAUCAUUCAAGUCAAAGUUUUCUACACAGCCACCCAUUUUCUGGACCCGGUGUGUGGCAGGGAGCGUUGAGUGUAGACAGGACUCGGUCCAGAAUGGGAUGCCAGUCCAUCUCAGGGCACACUCAUGCACACACUCCCUCACAAUGGACCCGUUUACAUGCGCUAGUUCUUGUGGCCACUCGAGGUUGGACCUCCACGGGAUGACCAGGAAACUUCACGUGGAAGCCCCCUCAGCAGAGAAGUGAGAAACACAAAUGAAUGAGAAUCCAGUAAAAUAAAUGGGAUAUGAAACAUGUACAGUGAUUAUACAUUAGAAAAACACAGUAUUAUUUGUUAAUUAGUCAAUGCAUACUUAAUUAAUAUUUAAAAUGAAAUGUAUAGAGCAUUUAAGACACUGCGACUCAAACAGACGCAGCUCAAGGUUUGAAUCUUGACAACUGGAUAGCCAGAUAAGUAGAAACCUGCUGCUGUACUGGAUACGAGCGUGGAGCAGUGGAGACCCCUGCUGGCCUGGAGAGGUCGAGACAGCCAAUAGCACAGCAGCACGUUUGGGGGGCUGACGUUUUCUGUUUCAUUCUGGCAUCUUUUAUUGAAAUGUAUGCAUGGUUUUAGUAUUAUUUAUUAUACAUCUUUUCAUCCAGCCACCCAUUGCUUAGGGUGUACUUAGUGGAUCUCGUUAUGGAUUCGGGUAAAGGAAAAAAAUGAAGGAGUUAAAGGGACUCAGCCUGAAAAGGACAUCGGCCUCAAUGCAUCAAAGCAACCACACUGGGGAAUAUUUAGGACCCCCCAAUCAGUCUUAAAUAAGUGAAGGAUCGAGCGUUUGUUCUCUGCUCAGAAGAAUACAAGUGAUGUGAGACGGCAUCUUCCUAAAAGACAGCGAGAGAGACAGACUGUGUCACCAACCAGUAUAACGUAACGUCAUUUAAUACAAACAGAAAUGCGCUUAUCUUUGAAUGAACAGAGGACAGCUGGGCCUGGGCUUCUCUCUGUUUCUCCUCCCUUUGUAUUUUGCACUUAACACACAGAAUAUAAAAAUAGAAAAUACAAAGACUGCGGUGGGCCGGCGCCCACCUGGGAUUUGUUUCCUGCCUUGUGCCCUGUGUUGACUGGGACUGGCUCCAGAAGACCCCCGUGACCCUGUAGUUAGGAUAUAGCGUGUUGGAUAAUGGAUGGAUGGAAAAUACAAAGAGCGUUGACACACCUGAUGAAGUGGUGGGCUUCAAAUUGUUUUUGCAGAUUGCCCCCCUGACUCAGCCCUACUGGAGGCCAAAUACAGUGACAAAGUUUUCGUAUUUCAUCAAAUGUACUUUAGUAUUCAAAUAAAAAACUAUUUAUUUGUGCAGAAACUGGUCAGUGAAAUUCCAGCCACUGCCGUUUUUAUAAGGAAAUGGAGGCGUCUAAAACACAUUCAUUUUCUGCAGUGGCGUCGUUGGUUUUGGCUUCUGGGACUUUAGCCCUGGUUUCCAUCUAUUCACUGCAUGUGUGCCAAUAGCCCCUGAUCUUCUGUAGACUCGCCCUCGUUAUGCCCACUUACCAUUCUGCUAAUGGCUGUUGACAUCCUGAAAACUCCAAAGGGGGGCCAUGGAUGUCAACAAUGUGAAAACUCCCUGGGCUGACCCUCCUCAAGACUUCAUCAACAGCAUGAAAACUUCAAGGGAGACAAACCCCUCUGUCAAAACCACUGGGGCUAAGCCCCCCAAUAACUGCUGAAGCUAGUGACACCCCUGACUGGAUGCCCAUCACAAUUUCUCUUGGACUUUGCACAGAACUUACAGACGGGAUAUAAGAAUGGCAAGGCUGGAACUGAAGACCCCAAAAGAAACCCUAAUUUCACCUGCGGGAAAGAAUCUCUUAAAAUUGAACCGGGAAGCCCCAAGUCUGAACGCCAGCAGCUUUUUAGUUUGCUCGCCUCACUUUUCUGUCAUAUCAGAGUCCCAUGUUUGGUCACCCCGGAGAAAGGCAGGCACAGCGACCCUUAUCUUUAUUAUUAAAAACACCAGCUUCUGGUGGGAAGGAUUUUGACGGGACGUCAGGGAAAUAAUUCAUCGCAGCUUGUCAGGUGUGAUUUCUUUAUUUAUAAAUUAAAUAUACAAUUAUUUAAAGUAUCUGAUGCCAUUUUCUGAGUUGGCCAGUUGCGAUCCCCACCUAAUGUUGGGGGUAUUAAAACUUUUUUACACGUCCUUUUUUAUUGCCAGCCUUCUUUAAUCGUCUUUUACGACGCCCAUAUUUUAACUCCAGGUCUCACUGGACUUGAUAAAUAUUAACAUUAGUGAAGAAUGUGUUUAAGACAGGGUGUCCAUAAAGUCCGUGUGCAAUUUAAAAUAGUAAGUACAUGUGAUAGAAAGAAUCUGUCAAAAGGAUUACAAAGAAGAAACUCACAUUGUGUUCAUUUUCAACAUGUCCGCCAUCACGACUGAUACAAGGGGUAAUACGAUUCUGUAGUUCUCGGAAAACAUUUUCAAGCUGAUUUUCAGUAAUACCAGCAAUCACAUCAGUUCUCCUCGCUUGCAAGUCUUCUAAAGAUCGACGUUUGGUUGAAUUAACAUUCGUGUUCACAGGUCCUCAUAAAACAAAACCCAAUGGAGUCAAACCUGGCGAACGUGGAGGCCAAGAAGAUGGUCCACCUCUUCCAAUCCAUCUGUUAGGGAAUUCCUCACAUAGAAACUGUCUUAACAUGCAAAGCAAAGUGACAAGGGACGCCAUCUUUGUCGAAGCCCUGGAUUCUCCAUCAGUCCUAAUUGUUCAAGUCGAGGAAGAGAGUCAUUUUGCAGCGUUUCUUAAUAGCUGUCACCAAACAACACGCCUUCAAGCAACGAAUGGCCCGAGGACUCGAUUUCCCCAAGCACACCACACAUUGACUUUGGGAGAACCUCCUCAUGUUCAACAGACUGAUGUGGAUUUUAAGUUCCCCAAAUACGGCAAAAAUAAAACUAAAGACAUAAUAAACACCUAAAUACAUCAAGCUGUCUAAUACUUUUUACGAAUUCUUCUAUCACAUUUACUUACUAUUUUAAAUUGCACACGGACUUUAGGGACACCCUCUAUUAGCUUAUUCAUGUCUGUGAAGUGUUGCUUUCCAGGAACUCCUGGUAAUAAUUCUGUCACAGUUGGCACCUUGUGCCCUUAUGCUAGCUGGGAUUGGCGCCAGGACCCCAUUCAGGACUAAGCAGGUGACAGACUGACCGCCAAUAUUGUAGCUAGACGUUCGUAACUCUGUUACACAUGUAACGGUACGUAAUGCAGUCUCGUAAAAUAUUGUUUAGGGUGAUUGAAGACAGCAGUAGAAACUGAAGAGUGAGCCCAGGGAGCGUCUCAUCACACCAAAGAGCCACCGAGUUGAAGCGAAAACUGGCAGCACAGGACGGCCACAAGACAGAGUAAGAGCGACUCAGAAGAUUGAUUGUGAUAUCAAGGGAAGUCGGAAUUCAGUGAACCACAGCGAGGACUUGAGACGAGAUCGACAAACGUAAACAGAAUAUUUUAUGUAGGCGAAGCCAUAAUGGAAGAUGUACAUUAAAGUCAAAGAACAGGAAAGAGUUUGGAACCAGAAAUAUAUCUUAACAGUAAUAACGAUGCAAGGUUUGUUUUGAGUUGACUUUAUCCAGAAACUCAAACGUGUAGGACGCUGACCUUCAUACUGUUACAGUAAAGACGUCUCGUUGACCUGUCUACUGACAACAUGGCAACCCUGAAUGUCACAAGAAGAUGAAUUUCAAAAAAUGUUCUACUGUAAAUCAGAAAAACAAUCUGUCCGUUUAAUUUCUUGACAUCUAAAACAUCCAGAUCGAUAUCUUUGGUAUCUUUAGACAACAAGUAAAAGGCUAAACAAAACUAGAAAACAAAGUCCAGAUCAGGGUACCACCUCCAAGUUUCUUGCUGAGGACUAAGCUAUUAGAUAACCAAAUGAGCGAAAUAACGGACUCGAUGGUCUCCUCUUGUUUGUCAAAUUUCUUCUCUUUUCUAUUCUAUUUUGUUACAAUGUUGGCGAUCAAUUCCAUCCAUCCAUUCAUUUCUUUUCAGAACAUCCCUAAUUCCACUAUAGAAUCGCAGUUAUCCAGAUUUGCGGAAGGAGGUCACCGUGGAUUAGGGUUACCCUAACCCUAACCUCAUGUCAGACUCACUUACACACUCGCUCCCUCCCAAUCACGAGGCCUCGCUGAAUCUAAAAUGCGGACACAUAAGGCGAAUGUGUAAAACCAGGCCCAGAAAUCCAAGCCACGUUCCCAGAAGAUCUGACUGUCCGCUCUGUUCAUUUUCAGUUCAGUUUUCUUUUAGGACUUGUCCCGAUUGGUCGAUGGGACAGAUUGUUGUAGUUGUUGUUUUGAGAUUUUUUCAUCGACGCGCCUCCACAGAGUGACACACCACAGCUUUGUCUCUCAUCAUUUGUAUUCCUCAGUCGCAGUUGUUAGCAGCAUGUCGGCUCGGCAUCUCUGGGAAUUGUGCCAGUCUGGAAAAAUGAAAUGUAAAUGGAAUACAGAGAAUGUAUAUUCCCCAGCUGGUGUGUUUGACCUGUUUGGAAUAUUCAUUGUGUUUUUGUAACAUUGCAUUAUUGCCAAUUAUGAUGUUCUUUUAGGGUUGGAGCAAAGAAAUGUGCACUUCUGGGUAAGGAUGCUGCUUAAUCGUGGAAUUAUUUGACUUAGCCAGCGAUUACACAGAACAAAAAUGUCCGAAUCUGAACUGAAAGUAAACCGGACAAAUCGCUAUGGAGAAUACUGUGACUCAUACUGUACUUACCUUUUUUUAUACAAAGCUGAGGCAUUCUACCUAAACACAUCAUGGCAAUUAAAAAUGGAUUCUGUAAAAAAACAAAAAGAGUUUCACUGUCCAUGUUAUCCCCUUGAAGGCAAUUUCUAUAUGUAGCAUACAUUGUCGCUGAUGUGAUGUUGGUCAGUUUUUAAUUUAAACAAAUGAGCAGCUGCUGAGGAACAACUAAACCAAAAUAAUCUCGGGAGAUACGGUACAUAUCAGGGCAAUUGGGCUUUUUCUUUUUAUGGUGCAAUUAAAACAAGCAGAAGAUGAACAGCCAAUUGCCAAGAAAUCGAAGGGUCCCUUAUAUACACUGCACAGUCCGAGAGGAAAUCUGCAGGGUUAUUAAUAAAUGGAGGGUGCCUCUGGCAGUUGAUAGAAAAUGACAAGAAGCUAAAGGCUUCACACAUCAUCCAAAUUCCUAUCUUCAACAAGUAAAAGCAUCAAAUAAC